AUGGCGAUUGGCUCGAAUGUGCCCUCAUGGACAGAUUUAGCGAACGAAGGUUGUUGUGAAUACGGUCCUCGAAACAUAAUCAAAUCGAACUUCACGGAGGGAAAUCCUCUAGGAAAGGCUUAUUGUUUGUUUCUGUUUGACCUCUUCAUAUGGAAUGUCUAUCUCAGUAAACUAAUUUGGCAAGUUUGAAAAACUCUAAAUACAAAGCAAGGUCAAAACGAUGAAGGAGGAUAGGUAUACGCUGCACUCACUGUUUUAUGUGACUACGACGUUGCCAGCGUUUGCUUAAACGAAGGCAUACGCAGCUGCAUGUAUUGCAGCAUUGUGUUUCUCUGCUGACCGCUAUCAGAUCCGGUCUUCCAAUAGGUUCAUAGCUCCCGCGGAAAGACCGUCGAGCUUUUGUUUAAUUUAGCGAUGCGAAAGCUGGACACCAUUCUGCAGCAGGCAGGCAUUGUAUCAACUUUCUCUUUCUCUACAUUGGUCAUGAGAAUGAGAGGAAGGUUUCAAGGGAGCUUGCACGUGACCUGCUAAGAGAGCUUUGGACUUUUGUGGAGUCGGUCGGCGCUUGGCAUUGCGACAUCACUGUGCGUAGGUUGAUAUGGCUCCUCCGGAAAGAAAUUUCUUGCUUUAAAUGCCGAACCAUACCGGCGCAUCUGAAAGGAGGAAAUCAGAAGAGAUGAAGAGGCUAGUUAUCCUGAAUGUGCUUGUGAUUUUGAUGGUUGUAACGAAAAUCAACAAUGCUGAAGCGAGCACAGCAGAGGACGUUAUGGAGAAAGCGGGAAGCCUAGCAGUAAGCGUUGGACAAACAGCGAAGCUCCUUUUCAAUGCAUUCAUGAGAGGUGUGCAUAAGAAGAUGAAUGAAUCCCAUCAUCAUUCUUCGAGUGCAUCUUCUACAGGUUACAGAAAGACCAAACUAGGCGAGAAGGAUGAAGGUGCCCAGUCAGGCGUCUCCGAAACUGUCCCUGCUGCGAUGCCAAAUACAGCCCCAGCAACGGUACUUAUUCAAAACUCCUCCUCCUCUAAAAGAAGAUGAACAUCUGCGGGAGUUUAUGACACGAUUGGCCAUCGAAUCGCCGAGAAAGCUUCUGCGGCCGUGAAACAACUUGUAAUAAAGUACAACGCAUUGAACAUGCGUAAUA